AUGUCAGUGUAGAAUAAAAGGCAUCUUUCGAAGGCUAUCAAGCCUACUUAGAAUAUCUACAAUUAAUAGCUUUCUUAAUCAUUCAUAGAGCCGCAAACUAUUAAUAGCUCGUAUACCAAUAGAUUAUCUUCUAAGACUUAGAAUACAAGGUAGCAAUACUUUGCUAUUGCUGAGAAUUCGAAAUAAAGCAUCAAUUAUCAAUUCAGCAAUAAUUAUAGCUAGUAAAAUAAUCAUUUAAGUAGUGUAACUGAAAAAAGAUCUAGACCAUAGAGCAGUAGGCCACUUCUUCUAGGGAAAUAAAGAUAACUUAGAGAAAGAGAUAGCAAAGUAUCGCUAAUGAAAAAUGAUUACUCUCCUGAGAUUAAAAGUACAAAUAAAUCUCCUGCAAACAAUGAAUCUUCAUUCAUUUAUAACGCUUAUGGGGGUAAAACAAUAAGAAAUGGAAGACCAUUAACUGCUCAGAAUCAUCGAAAGGUUGGUAGUCAGCAAUAUUAUUCAAAACAUCAGAAUCAGAACUCGAUGUCGCAGUUAAGCUUUUUAGGAACUCCUCUUAAAGUCACAAAUAAAUCUAGGACAAGAGCUUAAUCUGCCAAAAAGAGACCUCUCACUGCAGUGCAAUCGAGAGGAAGAAAGAACUUCUUAAAUAUGUCGAAUGAUAAUACAUAUAACCCAGUAGAUAACAUAAGCAUAGAUGUUUAAAUGAAACUAAAUGAAUAAAAAAUAAGGAAUAAAAAGACUAUUAGCGAGUUCACUUACUGUGAAAAUAAUGAGAUCAAUGAUACUAUAUUGAAACUUCAAAUGAUUGAGAAGAUGAAGCAGGAGAAAGAUUAGCCUUACAAGAAUAUUGAAAAUAUAAAUUGUAAGGAACUUAUAUAGAAAGCUAAUAGAGAUAUUAAAAAUCUCAACUACUAGAUCUAGAGAAUUGUCGCAACAGAAGAAAAUAAUCAUACUGUUGUCUAAAACAAACGUUCACAGGAUCUUGAAAUUAUUGAGCAAAGCUUAAUGUACUUCAAAGUCCCUAGUAAGGGUUUUUCUUCACCUGUUAAGAUAUAUGUUGAAAUAAAGGAAACUGAGCUAACCAGAGGUAAGAAGUAAGAUCUUAAAAUGUAUGUGUCUCUUAAUUCUAAGGAGCCGAAUGAUCAUGACUAUCAAAAAUACUUUAACACUUUUUUGAAGCCUAAUUUCUUCUCAUCACCCAACAAAGAAAAAUUCACUCAUGAUUUUGUAUACUUUAGUCUUUUUUCUAUUACUGGUUGUUCAAUCAAUAUUCAAUUCAUUUUCGCUGAGGAGAAUAUGAAAUCAAAGCAUAAAAUAAAUAUCGAAGAAGAUGGAACCUUUGAGGAGAAAAGAAGCUUUAGACUAAAUAGAGAUAUUGAUGAUAUGUCGGAAGAUCAAGACCCAUAUUAACAAAGGGAUUUUAUGGGUAAAAAUGUUAGAGAAGUAGCAAACUGGGAAGAUGCUGUUGUAGAAAAGUAGAGACGUAAUAUUGAUUAAAUGGAGAAAAUAGUUUAAGCUAGGCAGAGACAAAAGGAUCUUGAGCUUUAAAAUUUGAAGCGGAAGUACUUUUUACUUCAUAAAUGGGAAAUCAUUAAAGUAAAGAGGUAGCAAUAUGAAUAGAUAGUUACCAAAAUGAAAAAGCAAAGAAACUUCAAAAAAAGGUGGAUUAAGUAGAUGAAGAUACAUAUGAUUGCAAAACAUAUAUUCGAUGUGUUUGCAAUCAAGCAGAAAUAAGUUAUUACAGAACUCAGAUAAAAUUAUACUGUAAGACGGGUUGGACAGUUAUUCAGAAGGUAUACUUCAAGAAUAGCCAUAGAUAGAAAGCAUAGGGCAUAAAAACGAAUCGCUAAUGUGUUUUCAUAUACUGUUUCACAGACAUAUGAUACUGUAGAGCAAAGAGCAACAAAGAUAAUAAGGUCAUUAUUGCAAGAAACUUCAGAGAUUCAUCACAUUAAAGUAUAAUUGAGAGUGUUCUAUAAUAAGAUGCUCUACAUUUAGUCAAAAGUUAGAGAAAGAAUCCUAUCAUUCAAAUAUAGAUGUGAUGUAAUAAAAGAUCUAUGGGAUAAGGAGAAAGCAGGCAUUAUCAAAGAUUGCAUUACUAAAAAAACAAAGAAAAAAACUCUAUUGAUGAAAAAAUUAAAUCUUAUGCAUGAUGACAUUAAAACUGCAAUGAUCGAGGCUUACCUGGAGAGAUGUAAAUUGAAGUAUUAAUUAAUUUUUGCUGAAUGGAGACUUCAUACUAAGUAUCCCGUAGAAGAUCAACAACUUUAGAAAUAGAGGGAGAAUAUGGUGUAUAAAAUAAUAAAGAAAAAGGAUAGGUUAUUUGCUGUUGAGUCAUUAUUAUUUUCUGGAAUAGAUUUUGAUGCAGAUGUCUCUGCAAACUCUCCGGUAAAAUAAAACCCUAUCCAAGCACCUGUAUAAAAUGGAUAAAGAAAGACAAUAGUUGAUUCAAAGAAUAGCUCUAAGCCAGCUAUGAAUGCUAAUCCUCGAUCCAAGUCAGCAUCUGUGAGUUAGGGAAAACAAAUUCCAAAGCCAUUACCUUAGGUCUAGUCGAAAACUAAUAUUUUAGAAAAGGUUUAAUUUCUCCUUGAUGAACCCCCAAUCUUCAAAUUUAUACCUAAAAAAGAAAUACUUAAAAAGCUUAUUACAAAAGCUACCACUAUAAAACAUGCAAAAGAGUUAAAGUUAUGA